AUGACUAACGAUGAUGAUGAUGAUAAUUAUCCAGGUAAACUUCUUCAUCAAGCUGCACUUUAUUUAAAUGUUGAUCUACUUAAAGAUCUUCUAAUAGGUGAUGAAAUUAAUAAUAUUGAUGCAACUGAUCGUUUUGGUUGUACACCAUUACAUACAGCAUGUAUAUCAGCUGCACAAGCAACACUUCAAAAUGAUACUAGAAUUCUUGAUUCAUCAUUAGAAUUUAUUAUGGUACUUAUUGAUCAUGGUGCUGAUUUAAAUGUACAAACGGGUGAACAUUAUGAUUAUAAAGUAAGAAGAAUAAGUUUAUUAUGA